CUUGUGGUUCUGGUGCCGCUGCACGGCCGGGCUGCAGCCCACGACACCCUCCGCUUGCUGCAGAGCCAGGACUCGACGGUUGUCCGCGGGGCUGAGGGGAGAGAUGCUGACUUUGCGCUCCUCUGCCCCCGACUCAAGCAGCGCUGGCGCUUCGUGACAGCACAGGCGGGGGGGGGGAUGCAGGUGGUGGGGGGGGGGGACCUUCACGCUGUCUUAGACCUAGCAAAGGUUGCUGACUCCCUCCUGUUCAUUCUGGAUUCUACGGAUGGCUGGGACAGCGUGGGGGAGCACUGCCUCUCCUGCCUCUUCGCACAGGGGCUCCCCAGUUAUGCUCUCGCUGUCCCAGGCGGCACUGACUUGCCACCUAAGAAGCGGAUAGACGCCAGGAAGAAACUCGCCAAAGCCAUUGAGAAGCGCUUUCCUGAGGCCAAGCUCUUUCCCCUGCACACGGAGCAGGAGUCCUUGCUGCUGCUGAGGCACCUCGCCACCCAGAAGCAGCGGCACCUCGCUUUUCGGGACAGGCGGGCUCACCUGCUCGCCUAUGCUGCCGAGUUUGUGCCCGGUCAGGAGAGCGACCUGGUUGGGACCUUGAAGGUGUCCGGCUUUGUCCGAGGACAGACCCUCGACGUGAACAGCCUGGUGCAUAUCGUGGGGCACGGAGAUUUCCAGAUGAGCCAGGUGGAUGCCCCCCCCGACCCACUCUCUUUGAACCCCCGAGUGGUUAAAGGACAGAAGAGGAGUCAGGACAUGGAGGUACAGGAUGACGCUGUCAAUGGUACCGAUGAGAUGGAGGAAGAUGUUAAGGUCCUGAUGAAGGCAGAUCCAAAGAAGCAGGAGUCUUUGCAGUCAGAAGUGAUUCCUGAUCCUAUGGAAGGGGAGCAGACGUGGCCUACUGAAGAAGAGCUGCAGGAAGCAGAGGCAUCUCUGAAGGCAGACAGGAGGGUGGUGAAGGUCCCCAAAGGCACAUCCAAGUAUCAGGCUGCCUGGAUUGUGGAUGAUGGAGAAGAAGGCAGUGAGAAAGAUGAUGAUGAUGACGACGAAGAUGAUGACAUCGAUGACGAUAUGAUGGAAGAGGCAGUUUCCCAGGACGGGGAGAGCAGCGAGGAGGGAGAGGAAGCUGCAGAGGAGGAGUGCGAGACCAUGACCGUUUCCGAGUGCUUGCGGGACGACCAGUACGACGAGAAGGUGGAGGAAGAUGAACAGAUGCUGGAGAGAUACAAACAGGAGAGAAUGGAUGAGAUGUUUCCGGAUGAGGUGGACACGCCACGCGACGUACCUGCCAGAGUCCG